CUCGAGGGUCUUCUUCUCAUAUAUAAGCCGACAGGAGGCUCACAGUCACCAGUCAGUGCACUUUUUCCAACGACAAACGUCCUUUAGUAACACGGUUUCUACUAUUAUGGCUCUCCUUAAGGUCGCAUGCUGCUGUGUGGUGCUCGGGCUGGUGCGCGCUGGACCUCUACUUCCGGUCGGCCAGGAGCCGGAGCCCUUCGACCCCAAUCCUCAGUACAGCUACAGCUACAGCAUCCAGGACGCCGUAACAGGUGACUCAAAGAGCCAGUCGGAGACCAGGAAUGGCGACGUUGUGCAGGGCCAGUACUCAGUGGUCGACGCCGACGGCACCAGGCGCAUCGUGGACUACACGGCUGACGCCAUCCACGGCUUCAACGCAGUGGUGCGCCGCGAGGGAACGCCCUCCCUGGUGCACGCCACCACCCCCGCCGUCGUGAGGGCCGCUCCGGCCGUGGUGGCGCGCGCCGUCGUACCGCCCGUCAUCACUGCAGCGCCCCCCAGCUUCGUCCGAGGCGCCCCCUUCGUACAGUACAGCAGCCCCCGGUUCUCCUACUCCGUCCAGCCCGUGGCCGUCGCCUCCACCCCCGUGGCUCGCUACGCCCCCGCACCGUUCACCGGGCCGCUGUCUAAUCAUAUAACGGGUGCCUCCGGUGUACACACGUCUGUAUCCACGCCGUACCAUAGCUACUCUUACUAGCCGGCUCCACGGAAGACACUGGAAAGGACUUGCUUUUAUUCGUCAGUUUGUACAAAUGAAUAAAUGUGAGGCGAGAAGCAGA